AUUAUGAGAGGUUACUUUUCUCUGCAUUGCAUUGUGUUUGUGUCUGUGUGGUUCUCUCAAAAUGAAUGUGACUGUUCACAACUCACAUACACCCUUCAACAACUACACUUAAACCUCUCUCUCUCUCUCUCUCUCUCUCUCUCUUCAUGCUUUUUUUCUUAUCAAUCAAUGAACUAAAUUAACAAAGAAAUAAACUUUACCAACACUAAUUCGUGGGCCAUUUUCUUUUCAUCCAAGGAAAAAAAUCAGAUUGGUAUUGAUCUGCUACUAGUGUAGAGGGAUGCCAAACCAGCUAUGGUUUGCACUGCCAAUGAUUUACAAGGAUGGAAAGAUUUUCCAAAGGGGCUUAGGGUUCUUCUCCUUGAAGGAGACAACAAUUCUGCUUCUGAAAUAAGAACAAAGCUUGAAUCUAUGGACUAUAAUGUUUCUAUCUUCUACGAUGAGAACGAAGCUUUGUCAGCGAUCUCAACUAGUCCCAAAGGCUUCCAUGUUGCCGUAGUCGAGGUGAGUACAAGCUGCCCUGAUGGAGGUUUCAAGUUUCUCGAGAAUGCGAAGGACUUGCCAACCAUUAUGACUUCGAACACUCAUUGCCUGAAUACAAUGAUGAAGUGCAUUGCGCUUGGUGCAGUUGAGUUCCUAACAAAACCGCUCUCUGAGGAUAAGCUGAAAAAUAUUUGGCAGCAUGUGGUUCACAAGGCAUUCAAUGCUGAUAAAAAUGCUCCGUCUGAACCGCUAAAACCUGUCAAAGAAUCCGUUGAGCCCAUGUCUAUAGAUUUAGAUAAGGUGUCCAAGUUUAGUGAUAACGAACAAGAGCAUUCUGCUGCGAGUGAUAAAUAUCCCGCUCCUUCAACGCCACAAUUAAAACAAGUUGCGAGGUUAGUGGAUGAUGGUGAUUGCCAUGAGCAGACUAAUUGCUCAAUAGAAAAAGAAAGUGGAGAACAUGAUGGUAGUGAAUGUAAAUUUGUCGAAAUUUCAUGCGAGAAUUUGAAUGCCAAAAAUUCUCCUCAACCAACGAAAUCUCUGGUUAAGGAGGAAGAGGAUUUUGCCAAUGGUUCGAAGGGUGAGAGUGUUGUUUCAACGAAUCCACAUAGUAAAAAGGCUCUCGAAAACGCUGAUGGUAACGCAUCUCCAAAUGAAACAAGUGUUCCUAAGGAUUCAUGUGAGAAUAGAGCUAAUCGGAAGAAGAUGAAAGUAGACUGGACGCCCGACCUGCAUAAAAAAUUUGUGAAGGCAGUUGAACAACUAGGCAUUGAUCAAGCCAUUCCGUCUCGUAUAUUGGAGUUAAUGAAAGUCGACAGUUUGACAAGGCAUAACGUUGCAAGCCAUCUUCAGAAAUAUAGAAUGCACAAGAGACAGAUAUUGCACACGGACGAAGAUCGAAAAUGGCCUAAUCAAAGAGAUCCAACGCAAAGGAACUAUUGUAUGCAAAGACCAAUCAUGGCUUAUCCGCCGUAUCAUUCUAAUCACACAUUUCCUCCACAUUCUCUAUAUCCUACGUGGGGAGGGCAGCCCGGAAGUCAUACAGCCGGUGUACCGAUUUGGGCUCCUCCUCCUCCUGGUUAUCCUCUAUGGCAACAACCAACAGAAAAUUGGCAUUGGAAGCCUUAUCCGCCCGCGGUGCAUGUGGAUGCAUGGGGUAACCCAAUGUUGCCACCUCCUCAAGCUUCUUAUUUUCCCUACACUCAAAAUAUAACCGGAUUGCAAAAUGCAAAAGCAAUGGAUUAUAGAUUCGGCACGCCGCGUAAUUCCUUGGAGCAUUAUCCGGCAGAGGAAGUGGUGGACAAGGUUGUGAAAGAGGCAAUAAACAAGCCAUGGCUACCAUUACCAAUAGGACUGAAACCUCCAUCAAUGGAUAGUGUUAUGGCUGAACUCACCAAACAAGGUAUCCCUUUUAGCAAGAGAAAGGGAAAGGAUUGUAAUUCAAAACCAUGCUGACGUGUACAUGACCCCAAGUGGGUCCCACGAACAACCUGGCCGGGCCAAUGGCAUAUGGAGUGUUGUAAUAAUCUUGUAUCUCUCUCUGAGUGAGAUAGAUUCCAACAAAUUAUUUUUUCAGUUGUGGACCCCACCAUAAGACGGACACCCUAUGUAUGUAGCUUCUGGGAAAUGACAUAGGAUGAAUGAUGCAUGCAACAAAGAAAAGAAAAAGGACAUGGCAUGGAUGAUGAUGAUGAUGAUGAUGAUGGUGGAUCAUAUUCAUAUUCAUAGCAUUUUUGAUAUGAUGUUGUUGUUACUAGUGUUAGUGUUGUUGGAGAAUGGAGAUAUCUAAUAAUGGAAAGGGUAGGUAGGUAGGAUAAUGUUUUGAUUGUGAAUAAAUUGAAACAUGAUUGAUGAGUCUAGCUAGCCUACUAACUUGUCCUUCUUUAUCAACUUCCAUUUUUUUACUACUAGCUCUUCUUUGCUAAAUUCAGAAUUCAGGCCUAUCUAUUUUUAUGUUUUCUUCAA